CACUCUAGAGACUUCUUUAAUCACUGUGGUGUAAUACAUAGUUUUCUGGUUUUGUGUAUCAGUGCUGCUCUUUUGCAUUACAAUUUAUUGCCUUUAGAUGUUGCAAAUCACAUAGCUUUUUCUUAAAUUGCUUAAUUUAGUCACUUCAUUCUUUAGAUUAAAAUUGCUCGUGUAAAAUAUAAAUUUUGUGUUUUCUCAUCAAGUCCACCUUUAUCUUUUUCAUCUUAUGUUUUUUCUUUGCUUUUCUGUCUGCUUAAAGCCUGAUUCUUCAAAAAGUCUUUCCCUGUGUAACCUGAUCAUGGAGGAAACCCCAAACAGUGGGUCAUCAGAAGAUACUAACAGAUCUCAAACUGAUCUAGGUUCACUCAGCUGGGGCCUAGAUGUUAGCACACUCAGUAUCAGCCAGGAAGUCACUGCAGGCAGUUCUUUGCUUUUCCCCAGGGCAGAGCAAACCUCAAGCGAAUCUACGGGUGCUCUGCCUGCUAGUGUUUGGCCUGCAGUAGGUGAGCAGGAGGAUGCUGCACCAGGGUCAGCUUCUGUAAGCGAAAACCAGAGGACUUCACUGGAGGACCAGUUGGAUGCCAAAAAUAUCAUGUGGGAAGAUGUGGUGACCAAUCAGCUUUUAGAGAAUAUAACCAGUUUUGACACACCCAUCCUGGGAACUGAUAGUUUGUUGGAUGAACCCCUUCCAUGUGAUGUGCAAAAAGCAGAGGAAGAGCUUGAGGAAGACGAGUGGGCAGGUGUCAAGCCAAAUGAAAAGGUAGAGACUGGAGUUAACUACAAGGAGGUAGAAGGUACAAAGGAACUGGAAGAACAAGGUUGUGAAACCAAAGGAAACAGUGAGGUAGAGUUUCAUAAGGGUUUAGCAAAAUCAGAUCUUGAAAUUUUAGUCAGCACAGAGGUAGAAAAUUUACAUGAGUUUGAAUAUAAUUAUGGGGAUGCUGGGAGAGCUAGUAGUGCUAACCUAGAAAACUCUACAGAAGAAUUAAAACAGGUCAAUCUCAUUGAGGAGACAGAUAGAGAAAUACAAUCGUUGAGCACAGGGCUGGAAUGUGGGGACAAAAUAGAGGUGUACAACUGUAAGACUAUAGAAGGCACUGAACCUGAGAGAGUCCUUGGUAUCUGGGAUGAGGACCAUGAAAAUACAUUUGAGGAGGCCUUAGACCAAACUGACAGUGGUACUGGACAGAGUACAUCCAUGAAAUGUAUAAACAUGAGGACACAUGUUGACCUAGAGAUAACUGACCACACAGGAAAGUACCCUUCAGAUACUGGAAGUGAUUUUUGUGAUGCUGAAUUAUUCAGUGCAGAAGAGUCUGGUAAAGGAACUGAAGACAAUAGCAUCAGCCACCUCCCAAAUGGUAGUACCGGAACCAAAGAUCAAGUUGCUGCUGAAGAACAGGGGGCAUUGCAGCCCAAGGCAGCUGAUGCUGCUAACACAAGCUGUGAUAGUCCUUGCCUAGAUAAUGCAAAUGACCAAGUGACAGGUGGGACAGCAACAGCAGUCACUGAAGUGAUUAGCAGUGGUGUUCCUGAAGCCUUGGAAACAGAGCCUUGGCUGGCAAACUGGGAUCCAACAGUUACUAAUGAUUCCUGGGGUUUUUCUAGUCUGUCAGAUAACCAAGCCAAUGGACUGGAUAAUUGGCCAUUUUUCCCCGUGAAGCAAAACUCAGAGGAAGGUAACAUGGAAAAUGUUUGGUUAGACAUUAGUAGUAAAUGGUGUACAGAAGACCUAGGAACUACUGAUAACAGCUGGGGAGAAAUAGGUGGAAGCACAAGCCAUGUAAUACAGGAGACACCAGUAAAACAAGGUUUGCCUGGGCAACAGGCAGGCAUUAGCAAUCCUGGCCUGAGCAAGGAGAUAGCUAGACCCUUGUCUCUGUUUCAAACGGGAAAUUCCAGAAAUGCUAGCACCGAGAGUUCAACUAGUCCUAAAGACAAUGAGACCAACAACUCAGAUUUAUCUGAAGAUGAAAUUGCUAACCGGAGAUAUGGAUUGUUGUACCAGGAAAUUGAGGCUGAUAAAGAAGAGGUACCUACCCCAGUGUGUAGCCUAGUCUAGACAAAGAGUUCUUUAGGCCAUGCAUAACCUUGUUGUUUAAAAACAUGCCAUUUUUGUGUUUUCUACUGCCCUUCCUAAGUCCAUGCUGUUCUUUUUUUGAAAAAUUGCCAUGCAACUCUUCAUGGUGUGAUGCAGUUCAGCCCUUCAAGCAGGCUGACAGAAAUGCAUUUCAAAAUGGUGAAUGAAACACUGAACUGUGAAAUCACAUUGUGUCUGGCAGCUUUUGUGUUUUAUCUGUAGAUCUUUAAGUCCACCUGGUCUUUUUUUAGUUACUGUUUUUUAAAAACAUUUAAGGUACUCUGCUUUUUCUUUUUGUCAUUUUCUUUAAGCUUGUGAUGUCUGUUAUCAAAUAGCACUGUUGUAAAAUUUCUUGCUGCCUUACUCUUCCUUUUAUUAUUUUUUUCUCUCUUUUUUCACUUUUUUUCCUUUUUUUUUUUUAUGUCUGGCCUACAUUUUUAUUUUGCAAAUAAAAAUGUUUUGACUCAUGUUCAAAUUUAGUAAACAAAUGAUAAUUUGUUCUGAUCUUCACUUCUACUUAGGCAUCCACCAUAGCAUUUAAUGGAUUUGCACAGGUAAGAAAUAAACAGGUUUUAAGAUAAUUUUUUGUCUGUGCUAUUAGGAAGGCAUUAGAACUGGCUGUACAAAUUCAGAAAAUCUGUUCUAUAGACAAGCUGCAUAGCAACAUCAUACUGUCUCAAAUCCCAACCUUGUCUGUUGUCAGAAACUCUUAGAUGUUGCUCAAAAGAUUCUAAUACCAUUAGGACUCUUGGCUGACUUGAGUGUAAUGCCAAAAAAUCUGACUACCUUAAUGGGAGAGCUAUUGCCUCCUAAAAUGGAUGGUCUAGCUUUUUUAUUGUGCUCUUUUGCAGAUUAUUUUUCUCACAAUCCCAAAAUCCUGUAAAGCAUGUUUUCAGUUUUACCUGUUUUCAGUAACUCUGCAUGUAAAUAUAUAAGGAGUUUUAUUUUUUUUAUCUUCAUUUUCAGUUAGGAUAUAUUUUACUCUCAAAGUUUAACCGAAAUUAUUUAUCUGCUGUGGUGCUGAUGGUGAGUCUGUGGCAUGCAUCACAGAGAUACAGCACAUAAAGACACCACGUUUAUGCUUUCAGAUUCCAGGGCUGUGUCAAGGUCCUGAAUUUCAGGUUGAUAAUAUAGGGCCUCAUUAUUUUCCAGCAUUCUCUUAGAGACUGGGUCAGCCACAGCACACCCUGUACACCAAAUUUUAAAAGUACCCAAAAAGGCCCAGCUUCUAUAGGGAUAGAAAUGAGUCUUCCAAUGAUUACCCAUUCUUCUCCGGGACACUUAGUUUAGUAAAGGAUCCAGAUGGAAGGGGCAAAGCACAAGGCUCUAAUAAUUAAGGCAAAAUGUUUAUCUGGAGAAAAUAAGUAUUUUCUGUCUCCUCUGUGGAAGAAAAAUAAUUUGGCCCAGCAGUAUAUUGGAAAUUAAUUGGUUCUGAAUGAGUGAGAUGUUGGAAUACACCUCAAUUUUUCUGCUUUCUUAAUGCAGGUAAAAUUUUGGAUUUGUAGUUACUGUAGUUAUUACUCAAAUAAAAGCCCACGAUCAAGAAGUAGCUUAGAGCUGGCAUACUCUCCAGGCACAGCUAUGUGUAAUCUGCAAAAAGGAUUCAGAGUUCCACAACUUAGAAGUGCACUGCACCUUAAAGGAAGUCCUUGUGAAUCACGUGUAUUUAAUAAAGGGUAUGAGUCACAUGUAUUCACUACCUUUAGUGAAUAGAAAAAUCUUGGUUUAAAAACAUUGAAUAUAAAAUUGAAAAAAUAAUGGUUUUAAUAUUAGUAGUACUCAGAUAAUCUAAAUACAUAUAAAAAUAAUUUUUAGUUAAGUUGUAUUUGCCAUCUUAUUCUAUGUGAAUGUACUUAGUGACUUUACCUGAAUAAACCAUUAAAAAGUCAGGUCUUCAAUGGACACCUGCAAAUAUCCUCUCUCA